UAUCCAGUGUGUGGCUUUCAUAUAGAGAAAGAGAAGCCCUCUUUCACGGUGAGUUAUCCCCACUAGAAACUUUUGCGAAAAGCAAUAGCCAUGGACACUGGAAAGUACAGGCUUUAUGCUGUUCGGAGGGGGCGAAUUCCUGGUAUCUAUACGUCUUGGAAGGACUGUAAAGAACAAGUUAACGAGUUCAAAAAUGCCGAGUUCAAGGGUUUCCGCCUCCUAAGAGACGCCCAACAAUGGUUGGGAGUGGUUGAUCCACCAUUGCCACCACCCCCACUUCCGGAGCUUCAUUGUGGAGUUUAUCCUCCGACGGGUCUGUUGCAGCAACCGUUUCCUCUAUCCACACAGUUCAACAGCAUGCAAGUUAGCCCAGCAUUGGGAAAGUCAUCACAGAAGGCAUUCGUUCCUUGUUCUCAAACACCACUAGGACCGAAUAUUGUUCCGGAAACAUGUUCGAAUCAAUUUGUAUUGGUUGAAGACAUGGAGGUGUAUCUCAUUCGUGUGUGUUGCCAGCUGAAGCUUGAUUAUCCGGUCUUUAACAGGCGAGAGUUUUUUUCCGGCAGCGGAGAGUUACUUCAUGGCUAUUGGGUGACACUGCUAUCCCAACAACACGACAUUAACUGGAUCGUUGAGGGUGGGUUCUCACCGGAUGAGGGGAACGCAAGGCAAGAUGCGUCGUUCAAAAUGUUGGGGAAGGUGUUAUCUUUGGUCGGGAAGGAAAUCCACGACUACAACUAUAGGAUCGUGGCAGGCUUGAGAGUUCGGGCUAAGGAAUUGGAACAGCAGUUAUCAAAACCAGCAUACCAGCGAAUCCGGAAUCUCGAACAGGCGAAUCAAAAGCUUAAGUCUGAUCUUCAGAAGUUUAACGAGUUAUUCGAGACUUGAAGGGAGGGAUGACUAUGGUAGCAAGUUUAUAUUUUGACAGUUUAGCAGUUUAGUGUUAAGUUGGUCCUUUACUAUUGUCAUGUUUAGUAGUCACCCCUGUUUAUGUUUUUCUAUUGUUAACAUUGACGGUGACUCUUGUAACGUCAGGAACGGUGAUUUUGCUGUCGGGUUUAUUUUGCUUUCCACUGACCUCCAAGGAUAGUUCAUGAACUAAUUAUGAAAAUGUUAACGUUAAUUACUUAUUUUAUGGUGGUUGGGUCUGUAACUUACAGUUAUUUGAAUUUAAUUUUUUUAACUUAAC